GAAGAUUGCGGCUCCUUUUGGGACGCACUAACAUUUCACAUUGAGUCUGCGCGAGGAAAAAGCGUUGCGGGGAAAGUUCUGGCCGUUUUUUCAACGCUUUUCCCCGGAAAAAGUGCCUUGAUCUCAUUGAAAUCUCGUCGAGGACCGAUCACUGCUACCCUGUGCCAUACAAUUUUGACCACCACUGCCGGGAUACACGCCCAGAAAGGUUCAGGAAAAUGAAUCCACCGACGCCUAGUAAGAAGAUCUCACCGCAAAUGCGACUCCUGCAGAAAGUUCAAAAUUCCCCAAAGGCAUCGGGAUCUCAGACACCCUUGCGUGGGGGACGUUUCAGCCUGCUGCCCAUGAUAAGUACCCCACCGUUGUCCCACAUUAAAAAGGUUGUCAAUCCCUUCGAGGCAGCACUGACUGAGAGACUCCACUUGCCGGCAAUUUGUAGCCCAUCGCUCUUCCAUCGUCCCAGCACACCGCCACAUUCAUCCACGCAGUUUGAGUGGACCAUGGAGCAGGUGUCGGUACUCAAUCCGGCAACAAUUGAAGCCCAUGAGACGCAAUUUAUCAAUUCCCCCGAUCCUGAUGUGGAGAAACGAGCUCAAGCGGCUAUUUCUGCGUACUUCCGGGAGCAACAUAUUGUCCCGAGUCCCAUUGAGAGUGCCCUGCGCGGGGGGAAAAUCCUCUAUCGUGUUGAGGAUGAUGCGGAAGAAGUUCCAGCACCACCGGGAAAGCGUGUUGGGGUGGCACAGACUGUUCUCACACUGCCACCACGAUUGCCGAAGGAGGUUGAAGAUGCCCUGGCGCCUUUCUUCACCUUCACAGCGGAUCAGCAGCAACCACCAUCAGCUGAAGAUGGUGCGGAUGGGUAUGAUCAGGAGAAGAUUGAUGCAUCACUGCGGCGGAAGCUUUUUGGGCCACCAGAAGAUACGGACGGAGAGCAGGAGAUUGAGGAGGAUGAAGCUGAUGCCGUGGUUAUGCCACCACCCCAGCAAAUGUGGACAAAUACCCCCGAGAAUUGGGGCAAGAAGUUCCGGGGAAGGAAUUUCGAUUCACCCAACAAUCGCAGCUCCUUCUCUCCCAAUUUAUCCGAUACCCCCAUCAAGAGGGAAACCUUUGGGUCUCUCUCACCCAUUGGGAAGCUCUCAGCAUCAGGUGGGAACUACAAGGCACGCAGCAGCACCUCCAGCAUCUACCAGAGCACCCCGGAACGCCUGAGUACACGUUCGGGGUCUGAGCAUUCAGUUGAAAUGUCCCCGGAUAUGGGCCCCAUGCAAAAAUCCAUGGAAAUGUCGCUUGUGUACGCGGAAGUGGAAGAGGAACCAAUGCAAUUGAGUCAGAAUGACACGCUGGCCAUCCAUGAGACCCCAAUUCGAUGUCGUUCAGCCAGCCGGAAGAAUCUCUCGCAUUCCUUCUCACAAAUUGCCGACACCGACGAUGGCAUGGAGUUCUUCGGGGGGCGCACCGAAGUGGCCAAACGUGACACCCCACAGGUGACCUUCACCCGCACAGACAGUGGCUUCAACGAUGGCAGCUGCGACACAAUGGACAACAAGGAAAAUCUCGACCCUAUGACAACUGGUGUGAAGCUCUUCCCCACACCGAGUGGAACUUUCGACCAGGAUGUCUCAAUGAUGCUUCCCGGACUACUCCCGGACUCAAGGAUGGUAUCGUCAACCCCCUGGAAAGGACACUGAAGCCACGCCUAGUCUUCCAAGGACUUCAGGGAAAACCUCAUCGUGCCAAUAUACUCAAAAUUAAUCUCAUCCUGGAAGGCUAUGAAAAACAAAAUUGUUCAUUUUCGCGCGCAUUUUGUGCUUUUUUAAUUUUAUAAAUUUUAAAAGAAAAUGGGAAAAUUUCCCAAGAAAAUCGACUUUGCGGAUUCAUUUUCCGCCGCUUUUAAAAAAUUUUCUGUAUUCAAACGUGUUCAAUAAAAUGCAAUACUAUUAGGAAAAAAAAUGGGAAAGAAAA